AUGUCUAUGAAUGACUUUAAGGUCCCAGUGGAGGUAGAUCCAACUGAAGAUACCGAGUGGAAUGAUAUCUUGAGAGAGAAAGGAAUCAUUCCGGAAAGACCUCCUUCUCCAACACAACAAUUAGAGGAAGCGUUGGAAGAAGCCGUUAGAAAUCAACACGAAAAUAGAUUAGAAUCAAAAGAUUUAGAUGAACUAGAUGAAUUAGAAGACGAAGAAGAUGAAGCGUUUUUAAACGAAUACAAAUUCAAACGAUUAGCAGAAUUGAAAAAACUAAGUGAACGAAAGAAAUUCGGAACAGUUUUCCACAUUAAUAAACCAGAAUACGAAAAAGAAGUAACUUUAGCCUCAAAUGAAAAUCAACCGGUUAUAGUCCACAUGUCUUUACAAUCAUCUUUACAAAGUAGAUUGUUAUCUUCCCAUUUCAUCCAAUUAGCCACUAAAUUCCCCGAACUAAAAUUCGUUGAUAUCCCUGCUAAUAGAUGCGUUGAAAAUUACCCAGAAUCAAAUUGUCCAACUCUAUUAAUUUACUUGAAUAAAGAUGUGAUUAAGCAAUUCAUCACCUUAACCCAAUUAGGUGGUAAUGAUACCAAACUAAAAGACUUGGAGCAAGUCUUGAUCAAUGUUAAUGCAAUUAAUGAAAAUGAUAAACGAUUACUUAUCAACCAUCUAGAUGACGACUUGGAAGAUGACCGCAGAUUGCGAUUCAUGAAGAAAUCAAUCAGAGAAAACGAUAGUGACGAUGAUUUCGAUUAA